AUGACCAAAACAUCUUUGGAGAUUACGGAUGAAACUCAAAGUCUGAAAAUGAAACAAACUGUUCUUAGUCGCAAAAAACUCGUGGUGAAUAAUACAUUCGAGUCUGAGGAAAAGGAGAUUUGUGAACAUAAUCGUAAUAUCAAACAGCUCCAAAAUGAUAUGAUCAAAAUCAACAUUCUUUUGUCUAAACAAACAAACAUACAUGGGAAACUGGAGGAAGCAAAUUUAGAAUUGGAACAAGAAUUUCGUUUUAAACUCAAGCAAGCAGAGUUGAAGUCAAUCCAAAUGGAGCAUGUGUUGGAUGGGCUUAAAAAUGAAAAAAGCCAAGCUCUUACUGGACUAAUAGAAGCAGAGCGUCAAAUGAUGCUUUGGGAAAAAAAGAUUCAAUUGGCCAAGGAAACACAAGCUGCACUAGAUCCCAAUGUUGGUGCAACUGAGAUCCGUGAAAUGGGUCUUGAAAUCCAUCGUAUGAAACUCCGAUACUCAAGUAUGCUCAAACUCCAAGAAAAGAUGAUUGGAGAAAUGGAAAAAAGUGUUUACCGUCGUGAAAGCAUUUCUAGUCGAGGUCAAGCCAAAGGCAAAGGAUCCGUACAAAUCUCACUUCAAAAAGCCAUUGCAGAAUUAACAAAAAAAAUCAAACAAACCAUCCAAGAUGUCGAAGAUUGUCAUCAAGAUAUUCAGAUGUUGAAUAGAUCAAAAGAUACAAUGCAACGCCAGAUUGAUGAAGCUAAUGAGUCGAGUCAUAUGCUAGUGGAGCGUGAAGGUCAACUCAAAAAUCAGAUUGAAGAAGAAUCUGCAACCAAAAUUGUGCUAUCCAGUGAAACUCUGAUUCAACAACGUCAAUAUCGACGGUAUCAGGAUUUGCGUGAUGGAAAAUACACUUUUGUUGGACAGAAUGAAAUGGCUCGUGCAGUAGAAGGUACCAAGGCUAUAGAGAAAUUGGGUAAAAUCAAGAGAAUGAUUAGCAACAUUCAUCAAGAUGGAAUGGUGGAAGCCAAACCAUUAGUUUCUAAAUUGGACGAUUUCUUGACUAAACAGCUUGAAACUUUUCAAUAA